AUGCAAUAAUAACAAUUUAUAGAAUUAUUUAAGGUGAGUAAUAUCCAAAGACUUUUCUAUAUAUCUUAAAGGAAUUAAUAAAGAAGAUACUAUUAGUAUUGUAAAUUUAAAGGAGUUUUAAACUGUCUUUUGAUCGAUAGAAUUCUGAAGUAAAUAACUUAGAUUGUUAUUGGAAAUUUUUUGAGAACCCUGCUUUUUAGUGGAUGUUUGCUGCUCACGAUGAUGAGAAAAAUAAAUUUGGCAUGGAAAGUUAUAUAAUCUUCAUUCUAAUCAUCGAUAAAAAGAAUGAAUAAUCUAAAGGGUAUUAUGGAACAAAAAAUAACUUUAGGUGAACAAAAGAAACCACAAUAGAUAUUGAAAGACAAAAUCAUUAAAAACUUCCUAUCAAAUCUAUAAUACAAUUUUUAAAGGUCUAAGAACUGGAAUAGUCUAUUAAAUUGUAAAUUCUUAAUUCAGAUACUUUUACUUAAGGAGUACUUCAAUGAAUGGAAAUGA